AUGGCGAUGCCGCCCAUCAAAGCUGGCCCCACCUCCCUCGCCGGCGAUCUCCGUGCCGUUGCUGAGAUCCUGCUCCGUCUCCCGUCGCCUGCCGCCCUCGUCCGCGCCGCGCUCGCCUCGAGGCGCUGGCUCCAGAUCGCAUCCUCCCCCGGGUUCCUCCGCAGGUACCGCUCCCGCCACGCCUCGUCGCCCCUGCUCGGACUCUACGUUCCCAGGGCGCACACCGGGCUUCCUUCAUUCCAGCUCGCGGAUUCAGUCCGCUCCGACCGCGCCCUCGCCAAAUUCGUGCGCGGGGGCGACUUCGGUCUCACCGGUCUCGAGAGCCAUCCGGAGUGGCGCCUCCUUGACUGCCACAAUGGCCGCCUCCUACUCUCCAGAGGCGAAUCACGCGCCGUGUUCGACCCAGCGUCCGCCCGCGAACCUGUUUGGCUUCCGCAGAAUAGCCCCCUCCCAGGUACCAUUAUUUCUGAAUGUUUGCUGCAAGGCCAUAGCGACGAUGUGGCGUCGUUCCGUGUGGUCUCUGUGCAGCAGCGUGGCCAUGAUCAGCUGUUGCGAGCUGCCGAGUACCGCUCACAUACUCGCCAGUGGCAUUGCCACCAGUGGGUGAAGGACAUUAACAGACCUCAACAUGACCAGGCGAUGCAUGCCGGUCGGUUCAUCUUUUGGAGAUAUGAUGACACUUCAUCGCUCUUGCUUGACACGGCCACUAUGGAAUUCUUCAUCCUUGGUCUCCCAUUUACGUUCUUCCAAGAGUCAAUGUAUGCCAUAGGAGACACUGAGGAUGGUAUGUGCUGCCUUGUGGGCCUUGUCGGUAGCAUUAACAAUCUCCAUUUGCAAGUGUGGUUGCUAAAGGAGAAUGGUGCUGCCAAGAUGUGGGAGCCAGAGAGGAAAAGUCUAGUGAGCCAAGUGCUUGGCAGGGAUAUCCAAUUGCGUCAAGUCCAUGCAGUAACCAAUGGACUAGCUCUUCUAUGCUGGGACCAAUCCCGCCAGUUUGCCAUCAAUCUGAAGAAAAUGUGUAUCGAUUCUGAGUUUGAGUGCAGCGCUCUUGGUUAUCCUUUGCAAAUGCCAUGGCCACCUGCUGUGCUGGUUGAAACUACUCAUGAGACCAUUAAUUAUGUUGUGGAUCUUGUAACGCAAAACUUUUCGGCAAUUGAAGAAAUUCAGACAGAGAUGAUGGUUGACAUCCAUUGCAACAAGGUGGCUCACAGAAGCGAGAUAGUUCCCAGUAGCAAGCUGGAUCAUGUUGGUGAGAUGAUCCACUGUAAUCAAAUGGACCCCCAUGGCCCUGAAAUGGAUCAAGGUAUUGAGAUGAUUCAUGGUAGUGACACGAAUGAGUCAGCGACACUGACCAAAUCUAGAUGUGGCAGUGAGAUGGUCUCCAGUGAUCAUGGUGGUGAGAAGAUCCACUGUCACGAAACUGUCAUCCAGGGCAGUGAGAUUUUUCAAGGUAUUGAGACAACUCAAGAUAAUGGCACUGCUGAGGUGACACCACCAACCACAUCAAGAUGUGGCAAUGACAUGGAUCACAGCGAUGAGAUGAUCCACUGCAACCAAAUGGUUAUUUGUGGCAGUGAGAUGGUUCAAGGUAUUGACGUGACUCAUGGUAAUUACACUGGUGAGGCAGCACCAACCACAUCAAGACAUUGCAGCGAAAUGGUCCCUGUUAGCAAGAAUAAUCAUGGUGGUUUAAUGACCCAUUGUAACCAAAUGAUCAUCCAUGACAGGGAAAUGGUUCAAGGUAUUGAGAUGACUCUUGGUAAGAACACUGCUGAGGUGACACCUCCAACCAUCGCAAAAUAUCGGAGAAAGAACUCCAUCAUCUGGAAACAUUUCGCUACUGAAACCGAUUCUGAUGGAUGCACACGAGCAUGCUGUAAGUAUUGCAGGAGGUCCUUUGCCUGCUCCAGAACAUCAGGCACUAGCCAUCUAAAGAGGCACCUCACCCUAGGUUCAUGUCCUGCAUUGAAAGGUCAAGUGCCACCUUCAGCAGGAGGGGCACGUCAUUGUGGCAGCGGUGCUGCAGAGAAACCUUCUAAGAGGCAAUGCACAUAUGCUGACCCUGCAGAUGAUGCACUUAAUCGGAACUACAAUAUAUCAUAUCUGGGGAAGAUGGACAUUCUGACUGAGCCUCUAACUACAAAACAAGGAAACGAAUACUCAAUAUCAAAAUGCUUAAAAGUGUUACAUGACAUGGACGAUGUGUCAGAUGAGAUAAAGCAUCUUGCAUUUCAUGUUCUCAAGGAUGCAACAAAUCGAGAGAUUUUUAUGAGCUAUGAAUCAAGACUUCGUGGUUUAUGGUUGAAGAAGGAAGUUAACAAGCUUGGAACAUAA